GACAUCAUCUUGAAACGGGCCGCGGACAUCGCCGAAGCCUUGUACAGCGUCCCACGCAACCCGAACCAGCUGACGUCCCUGUCCGGGAACCACGGUCACGCGGGCAUGAUGGGCGUCAACUCCUUCGGGAGCCAGCUGGCCGUCAACAUCAGCGAGUCCACUCAGGGCUCAGAGCAAGGAUACCCGCGCAGUGCAAGCAGCGUCUCGCCCCGGGGCUACGUGCCCAGCUCCACCCCUCAGCAGAGUAACUACACCACAAUCACCUCCAGCAUGAACGGUUACGCGGGGGCCACCAUGACCGGUCUUGGGGUGCCAGGCUCCCCCAGUUUUCUCAACGGCUCCACCGCCAACUCUCCCUAUGCCAUCAUGCCAUCGAGCCCACCCCUGGGGGCCUCCUCCACCCCUGCCGGCGUCUUCUCCUUCUCUCCGGUCAACAUGAUCUCGGCCGUCAAGCAGAAAAGCGCCUUCGCGCCCGUCGUCCGGCCCCAGGCCUCCCCGCCCCCCACUUGCACCAGCACCAACGGGGCCGGCCUGCAAG